AGCUGUCUGGGGGAGCUCCUGCAAGGACCGCCCCAUCCACCAACCGUCUAAAGCUCCGAGUCCUAAAGGAUAGGAGCCAUGAACUACACGGACCAACGAGGACCAUCAUACACAGGUUGAUAGAUGGCGAGAUGUCGUAACUUUUGAUGCUGAGGCGCCGCACGGCUGCAGGAGCAGCCUGCUCUGGGUGGGCAGCAGACCCAUGGGCACCCUGCUCUGCUACGGUCUGGACUGCGGGCGCUGCAGCCAGGCUGUCAGGGAGAGGCAGCAGCGGCUCCUUGCCAGGCAGGCAAGACCCUCCUGCUGUCCGUACUCCUCCUCCUCUCGGGACUCCAGCGACUCCUGCCGGCACCGGGCCACGGCCAGCUCAUUCCGCCCAGCCGAGAGAACAUUCCUCAGGUCCCGGUGGCAGCCAGUGCUGCGGAAGAGAAAGCAGAGGAGACUCGUUCCCCAGCAUACAGCGCUGAACACCCAGGGGGCAGCCACACUUCCCCGCGAUGCUGGGCCUCUCAGACAGGCCGAGGAGCUCGUCAAGAUGGCUCCUGUGCGCCACGAGGCCGGCUUGCCCCCCACCACAGGCUCUGACAUUGCUCACAAGGAUGGCAGCCUGCCCGCUGGUGCGGAUCCUCGUCCCGUGGCAAGGCUGGAGCAAGGACUGGGCUUCUGGAAGCUCCUGUGGAUGCACACCCUCAGGAAGUCCCUAGAGACCAAGCCGGGAGCUCUCCCCACCAUGGUGCAGCAGUCCCACAGGAGGUACAUGUACAGGAUGGCACGGCUCCCACGCUGCUGCCCUCCCGUCCUGCCCCCUCCUACUUCUUUUCUGCGGAGGCCCUGUUCCUGCAUGAGGAUGUGCGGGAGGCCCUGGAGAUGCACAUUCGAGAGAAGAAGCUGCGCCACUGCUGGGGCUUCCCAUUCCUAUUAAAUAAACCCAUUCCUAUUAAAAUUCCACCCCUUCUGGGCAGUGCACUGAUAUGAGCAGAGACGUCUGGGAGGGCUCUGAGGCUCACCACGGUGCCGACAAACCAGGGCUGCGGGAUGAAGAACAUGGCACCACUAACCAUGCCGCCCACCUCAGCAUAGUGGGACUUGCAGAGAGCAGCCCCU